AUGAACACAGAUGAAGCUUGCACUCACAGAGGAAUGUGGUGUGCGAGUGAAAUGAAGAGACGGAGAAACGAACGCGAAGCUUGCACUCGCAGUCCAAUCUUCAAAAUUCAAAUACUCGGUCUUGAGCCUCUCUCUCAACUCAAGCUUGGAUUUUUUUUCUUCGGUUUCGGCUGCUGUGUUGAUUCAAUUUUUGUUUGUGCUUUUCUGUUAUUGAAGUUGGCAACGUCAGAUGAACAUCCAAGGCAGUUUCUUAGUAUGCCAGAAGAAUCCCAGCAGAUGGUUCUUUAA